CUCAGUAAAACAUUCACCACACUGUCGACCUUUUCCCUGUCCCUGUCCCUCAUGGCGACAUGGGAGACGCUGCUGAGCACCAUGGGCCUGGCGCUCGUGAGCGGUGGCACCGUGUCUCUCGUCUAUGGGUUUCUGCUCUCGUUUGUGGGCAACGUGUGCAUCGCCAUGUCGCUGUCUGAGCCGGCCUCCAUGCACCCCAACGCCGGCGGGCAGUACUUUAUGAUCAGCGAGCUCAGCUCGUCCCGCACACGGGCCAUCCUCAGCUUCUACACGGGCUGGAUCAGCCUUCUCGGCUGGGUUGCCCUGACCGCAUCGGCGCCCUUUGGUGCCGCCAACAUCAUCCAGGGCGUAGUCGUGCUCAACUACGAAGACUACGUCCCGCAGACAUGGCACUGGUAUCUCAUCUACGUCGCGGUGACGCUCAUCGCCUUUGGCCUCAACAUCUUUGGCGGCCGCGUGCUGCCAGUCCUCGAGAACCUGAUCAUGGCGCUGCACGUCAUCUUCUUCUUCAUGAUCCUGAUCGCCACCCUCGUCCUCGCCCGCGGGAACUACCAGCCCGCCGAGUUUGUCUUCACCCAGUUCUCCAACGGCACUGGCUGGGACAGCGACUUUGUCGCCUGGGGCAUCGGCAUGGUCACCUCGGCAUACAUCAUGAUCGGAUACGACUCGGCCGCCCACAUGGCCGAGGAGAUGCCCGACCCACGCCGGGGCGUGCCGCGGGCCAUGAUCGGGUCCAUCAUCGUCAACGGCAUCAUGGGUUUCGCAAUCGUCAUUGCCGUGCUCUUCAGCAUCCAGGACUUUGACGCCGCGCUCUCGGCCCGCACGGGGUUCCCCAUCAUCGAGAUCUUCCGGCAGCUGACGGGCGGCAGCAACCUCGCCGCGGCGUCCGCCAUGUCCUGCACCAUUGCCGUCUCAGCCGCCCUGGCGACCGUGGGCCUCGUGGCGUCCACGUCGCGCACCCUGUGGUCCUUUGCGCGCGACGGCGCCCCGGCCUUCUCCGGCAAGAUCGCCCGCAUCAGCCGCAGGACCCACGUGCCCUUCAACGCCGUCGCCGUCGUCAUCGUCGCCGUGCUGCUCCUCGGCGCGCUCAACGUCGCGUCCACCGCGGGCUUCAGCGCCGUCCUGUCCAUCACCGUCGUCGGCCUCUCCCUGUCCUACCUGGUCCCCAUCGUCGCCAUGCUGUACCGCCGGCUGCGCACGCCCGACAUGCUCGCCUGGGGCCCCUGGCGCAUGAACCCCGUCGUCGGGGUCGCCGUCAACGUCGCGUCGAUCGUCUACGUGCUGUUCCUGACCGCGCUGCUGGUCCUGCCAACGACCGUGCCGGUGGUGGCCGCCAACAUGAACUACGCCUCGCUGAUCCUUGGUGGCGUGGUGAUCCUCGUGAGCGUGGACUGGGUUUUGCGGGCGCGCAAGAGCUUCAAAGGGCCUGUCGCGCUUGUGGACGUGUGAUGCAGUUUUCGAGAGGCGCAGGUGUGUGUGCGCGUGGGGAAAUCGAUGGAAAUUUGCUAGCUCCGGGG